UUGAAAUCUCUUUUCCCUCAAACACAACCUCGCCGACAACCUGCGACAACAACCAACAGCUGCAUCAAACAACAUCAUCACUCCUGUCGCCGGCAUCAGACCCCUCAUCAACUUACCCUCUCCCCCUCCCAGGGCCCUGGGGCACUUUACCGUAUCUGCAGUAAUCUCUACGUCCCCUUACGUAAAGCUUCGGCACCGACUCUGCCUCUCUCUGGUGGUCCUGCCCUACCCUGCCCACGCUCGACACACGUCGGCCUCACUAGAUCUUGUGGCCAACCUGCGCAGUGCAAAGCUUUGUAGGCCUUGACGACUCUCUGUCUGCCUGCCUGUCCUGAGUGACUGGUGGGCUCCAUUUGACCACUCUGACCGACGUACACUGCUGUGCUUCCUGAUAAGUUCUGGCUGUCGACCAAUCCAGGCCAGUUCAGACAAGAAUCGAGAAAGCACGCAUCGUACGCAAAAAUCUCUACAGAUCAAUUCGCCCAGGUCCACCCGGGUGGCCUAGCCUGACUGUUCCUGCGUAGCCUCCGCUCCUCUGGUUUGCGAGUUGUCGGGUAGCUCGGGGUCGAUCCUACCUUGAACUUUUGUUUUUGAGGAAGACGCAGACCGUAUCUCGAGAUUGUGUCGUCGCCAACUGCAAGCGAUCGAGACACUGGUGCACACCGUAUUCAGAGUGACACCGUCAGACGGGCCAGAGGUCUACUGAGCUCCGAUCGUAUUGCAAAGCCUUGGGUGGCCGUCAGUGGUCCAGCUCGGCACCUCGGAACAUAACAUCAACCCACAAUGUCGUCCGCCGUAGCAGACCUGGAGGCGAGCCUCCAGGCCAUGCUCGGUCUCAAGCCGCCUGGCGUAUCCGGCUCUAAGAUCAGCCAUCUCACCAGUCUCUGCAUCGCCAACGUCCAGUCCGAGUCAGUCCUGGUCCAGAAGAUCUACACCCACUUCAAGAAAGCCCCCAGUACACAUAAGCUUGGUGUCCUCUACGUUGUAGACUCUGUAACCCGCAAAUGGUUGGAACAGGCCAAGCAGCAGGGCCAGCCCGUCGGCAGCUCCGCCCCAGAUGGCAGCUUCGCCGCCGGCGUCAAUAGGGUGACGGAGCUGAUGCCAGUCCUGAUGAACGAUAUCAUUUCCUCGGCCCCCCAGGAUCAGAGGGAGAAGAUCAGAAAGCUGGUCGACAUCUGGGAGAAGGGACAGACCUUCCCCGCCAAGAUGAUCGAGGGCUUCAAGGACAGGCUAAACAACCAGUCUACGACUCCUCCAGGUAGCCCGCCAGCCAACCCGCUGCCCUCCCUCAGCAGCCAGCCGACCCCGGCCCCGCCAGCAAUCCCAACCAACAUCAUGGAAACUCUGGCAAACAUCGCCCGCCAGAAUGCCAACAACGCUCAGAAGGCUCCGGCGCCCUCUUCCUCGACACCCGCUCCGGUGUCUGCUGCCUACCCGGCCGCCGCACCCCCCGCUAACCCUGCAGCUACUCCAUCCUUCCUGAGCUCACUGCAGCAGGGCAUGCCGUUCUUGCAAACAUCGCAGCCGGCCGCUCCAGCUGUAAACCCGCCUACGCUGCCUUUCAUGGCGCCUCAGCCUCAGGCCGCGCAGGUGCCCAACUACGCCGCGCAGAAUAGCAUGGCCGGCAUGUUCAACGGGAUGCAAACCGCCGCCCCGGCCGCGCAGCCAGGCGCCACUGAUAACACCGCGUUGCAGGUGGCCCUGAUCCAGCAGUUAGUCCAAAAGGGAAUGCCCGCAGACCAGAUCGCUGCUGUCGUGAAGGCCCUGGCCUCCAACACUCCUGUCGCUGCUCCUCCGGUAUCUCAGCCGGGCCAGGGCUCCUACGCGCUCCCUCCCAAUGGCACAAACGGCUGGGCGCCCCCGAGGCCUGACGACGGUCGUGCUCCCAGAUCCCCCACCAAUAGAACGCACGGGCGAUCUCGUUCGCGGUCUCCCGGGAGGCACUGGGAGCACCGUGAUUCUCCCCGUGGUCGUGAGGAGCGCCGCUUUGGAGACUAUGGGCGUAAUUCCCCACCUCGUGAUCGCUUUGAUGAUCGUGAUCGCAGUCGUCAGUACCGCCAACGGUCUCCUCCGCGCCAGGGACACAGCCCUCGGCGGGAUGAGAUGCCUGCCUUCCAGCAGCAAAAGUGGAUAGAACACGACCCAAGCCUGCCCAAUGGCUGUAUCAAGGUGCUGAGCCGCACUCUCUUCGUCGGUGGUGUCAACUGCUCCGAAAACGAGCUGCGGAACAUCUUCAAUGGCUUCGGUACCGUACAGACCUGCAUUGUAAACAAGGAGAAGCGCCAUGCAUUCGUCAAGAUGUAUAGUCGUAAAGACGCAGUGAACGCCAAGGAGGCUAUGGACCAGGGCCGCAGCCCGGACGCACAGCUGCGUACACGAUGGGGCGUCGGCUUUGGGCCCCGUGACUGCAGCGACUACCAGACCGGAAUCAGUGUCAUCCCCAUCCACAAGCUCACAGAGGCGGACCGCAAGUGGAUGCUGACGGCGCCGUACGGUGGAAGUGGUGGCCAGCCAAUCGCCCAUGGCAUGGUCGUCGAGGAGCCGGAUAUCGAGAUCGGUGCCGGCGUGUCAUCCAAAGCCAUCAGCAGACGCAUGCAAACAGACAAGGGUGGCAGCCACGGCCCAAAAUCCUCUCACCGCGACAAUGAUGACCGCCAGGAGCGAGGCGGCCGCCAUGGCAGACGCGGUGGAAGAGGCGACCAUCGACACCGGGACGAGGACCGCCCGGCCAACAACAACAGCAGCAACAAUAACAACAACAAUAAUCACAACGCACCUGGAAGUGAGCCGGUUGUGCCUGGAUUCCCGUAUGGCAUCUCAACUGACUCGAACGGUUUCCCCGUCUUCCCACCCGGCUUUGCAUUCCCGGCUCCUGACGCUACCACCAAUCCUCCUUAUUAGGAACAAGAAGGACCGGAGUCAACAGUGCCCGGGACGUCCCCAGCUGGUUUACGGGGCACCAGAUAGUUUUAUUCAUCGCUCAGGCGCUCCGUGUAGGCGUCGUGUGCAGCACUUUGCUGGUUUUGCCCAGUCAAAGGAAAGGCGUGGAACAGGCCAGAUCAAUAGCUAGGACGCUGUGUGCCCAUCAUGGUGAGAACUUUGCCCAGGUAUAUGCCCUGCUAGUUGAUCAACCAAAUGGUUCGCAGAUGUGGUUCAACUAGGGGCGGCAGAGAAUGGAAUUGCGGGGAAUGUCGAGUUUGCAAGGUCGGCACUCUGGCGGCGCCUUGUGUCAAAUGACAUCGUGCAUACUGCAUCGGAGACGGUCUCCAUUGAUGGCGUUUGGGUUGGACACGGGUUUAUUAAAAGCUUCAUAGUGGACCUGGACACGCCGUAUUGAUGCUUGCGUCAGGGCAACAACGAUUGACCCGAAGUUGGUUCUCAGGAGUUAUGAAUAGUUGGUCACAGUGCCAGGGGAGGCAAUGAACUGGGAACACCGGAUCACUUUUGACGGAAAUGUGAAAGUCGUUAUUAAUCAACCAAAAUCUCUUAUCA